AUGGACAAUGGGCCGUUGUUAGUUGCAGAAUCAAAGCACUGCCCGCCUUCUUUUAACUAUGCGCGCCUACCGGCCCAUCAUUUUGGCGCAGGACAGACUCAUCCCCCUACAGCUACAGCUCUCCUGCGGCUCCCAGAGGAUACCCACAUACAGCUGUCAUUCUGUAUGUCUCAUGAUAACUGGAAAACAAACAAGAUAGGCAAGCCGUGCUACGAGAUGGCAGUGGGCAUCCAAAUGGAUGGAGAUGGAUGGAGAUGGAAGAGGAAGAGGAAUGACAAGAAGAUCGGCCAUGGCGAGUCUGCCGACGUCAUGGGUCUUCAUCUUGAAGAAAAAAGAGGACAAAGGCAUCUCUUCGCCUUCAGGUGCAUGUACAGACCAUCGCGACGACUGAGCUCCUGCAGAUGA